UGACUGGGGUCUAGUAUAAUGAGGAUGGUUGGGAAUAAAUACUCCUGCAAACGUGUAUUUUUUUGACUUGGUUGGAGUGCGCUAGUGUGUGUGAUAGUUUGUGUGAAUGUGAGUGUGUCAGGGGGUGUGUGAUUUUUUUUUUUUAAUUUUGGGCAACAUUAGUAGCUUUUUAGUUUGAACUUCAUCCAGUCCGAUUGUUGAUCUCGCACAUAGAAGGACCUAUUUUUAGGCACUGGAUUCACUUUAUUAAAAGAGAAGGAAAGGAACUCAUCUUCUUUUUGGAGAAAAAGAAUACGUUACGUGUAGCACUUUUGAGAACCCAAUCGUUAAUAAUGGUAGCAACCGGAACUGUGAAAAACAAAAACUCGACUAUUGCAGAAGACUUAGUUGGUCGGUAUUACACCAAGGAGAUCAUUGACAGCGACACCGACUAUUGGGAUCAUAUGGUGAAACAGCCCAAUCUGUGUGAGGAAGUUUUAGAAGACUUGGCUUGUCAGCAGUUGGCCAAAAUAUUGGAAGGAUGCCUGUCUAGAGCAAAGCACACAAAACUGCACUGUUCAGAGGUUUUGGUCCCAGAAAAACUUACCAGAAGAAUUGCACGCGAUGUGCUGCGCCUUGCCUCCACUGAGCCUUGUGGUAUAAGGGGAUGUAUCCUGUAUAUAAACUUGGAAAUCGAGAAUAUGUGCAAAAAGCUUGAUAAAAUUGUUUAUGAUUGUAGUGUAGUUCCUACUUUUGAGUUAACGCUCGUUUUCAAACAGGAUGAGGAUGCUUGGCCCAGUCUCAGGGAUUUCUUCUUCAUUCGAACAUGUUUCGCACCUACUUUCAGGCAUGCACUCCGAUUAAGUCCAGGUUUUCGACUUGUUAAAAAGAAGUUGUACUCUUCUCUGGCUUCAACUAUUAUUGAAGAGUGCUGAGGCAUUUUUGUACCUCGGAAAUGUUGAACGGCAGCUUUAAUAAGUAGUUAAUGUAACACUCAGUAUUUUUAGUUGCAAGUUGUACCUUGUAGUGAUGGAAUGUUUCAUGUUCAAGUGCUGUUUUACUUUCAAGUUAAAUUCCGUUUUAAUGUGGUGGCAUCCCAACUUAAGCCUCCAUCCUUGACAGCUGUCAUUUGUAAGUCUUGUUAGCCAUAUUGAAUUAUUUUGUUAAUGUGCAAUGCUGGGUUUGGGUUUGGGGCACAUCAUGGAAGUGAUAUGUAAACUUACUGUUUGUGGUAAGUCUGCGGUAGCUUUACCACGUAGUUGUGGUGCUGCUGCAGUUUAUGCCAAAGUAGUAAUACUGUUAAUCUUACCCAAGAGCAAAACUUUUUUGUAUAAAAACGUAAAAGGCUUUUGUAACACAGCACUUUGAUUUACUGCUGGUGUCAUCGUGUUUGAUGCAACCGUACUGUUUAUAUGGCUGUGCUGUGAUUAUUUGGAAGGAUGCCGUUUCAGAUCGUACCAUGCUGCUAUGCUACAAGACGUACUUGUUUGUGUUUUAAUUGAUGGUGCACGUAGACUUCUAAUUAAAUGGAAAAAAAAGUUUGAUAAGCUAUAUUGUGGGGAUAAAGUUGUAUUGUAUUGGUGUUUUUACCCUAAAUGGCAAAGGUGUGCGUAGGGCCUUAUGAGAGCCCUGGUUGUAUAGGGUGGCUAUCUAGUGUUGCCCCAGCCCCUCCCCCAACACUGUAACCACAGACAACACUGUAAUCACAGAAUGUCUAACCAUGAUCACGUAAGCUUGAGCAGUAUUGGUCUGUCCCUCUGUGUGUAUUGUAUGUGUGUGCCCAGGGUCUGGGGGGGGGGUCUAUCUUCAUUUUUGGACACCAUGUACAGUUUGUGUUAAUGGCUGGGAAUGCAUUUGUCAACUCUUUGCACUAGAAUAGGAUGAGCAGUCCACUUUAUUUGGUACCAUGUAUUUCGGGGGAUGGUAUCAUAAUAACCACAAAUCUGUUCUGAGUUGUGAUAAAUGCUAGCAUGAAAUUUGGUGUAAAUAGUCUGACUCUCUCAAACUAGUGGUAGUUCUAACUACACAUGGGUGAUCAUUGUUUAGGUAGGAAGAACACUAAAUUCCAGAGACCCCCUCCCCCUCCAAUUUAAUUUAGUCCACAUGCUUUAACUGGUGUUUGGGUCUUCUACCAUUCUACCAUCCGCACUUUUCAGUAUUUUGUCUAGCGAAGCAUAUUGCACUAACUGUUUUUUUUUUUUCCCAGUCAAGCCAAGUUUCAAUUUUUGUACAUGAGGAAUUUGUGACUUUGUGCUACAGUACUUUCAUUUUCAAUACUGGGUACUGAAGCAGUGAAUUUUUACUGCUAACUUUGUUUUCUGUUAAAGAAAUCCAACUACAACUUGUCUAUUCUGACAAUAAAUAUAGUUUUUUAAUAUAA